UAGUCACCGGAGCAUCCUAGAGGUCGCCGGAGUUGCAAGCCGUGGAAACGGGUCUUCAGAAAAGACACGAUUUUGCCGUAGAUAGGGGUGGCGGAGCUUCUCCUCGACGUGAGGAUCAUUUUGCAACUGGAAUCGUCGAAAUCCGUUACCUAAGGAGAAUUCAAGUGAAGAUCAAGCUAGAGAUUUUAUUAAGGAGAUUAUCGCAAUUUAAGAUGAUUAUGAUUAUGAAGAUUGAUGUACUUGCUGCCCGAGUGUUCCGCUAGUUGCACACGUUUGAUUAAUUGUUAUUGUUUAAAUUUGUAAUCCAUAAACUUGUUAUAAGUUUUACCCGAUGGCUACUUGAAUUUAUGGUGGAUAGCCUGUGCACUCAAUCAUGUAUAGGUUGAGUGUGGCGGUGACACACCUGUUUUUCCAUUAAAGACUUCCGCUGUACUCUAAAUAUAUUUUAUAAUAAAGAUGUUUUCAUUUCAAAAUGUUAUUUUAUUUUGGUGGGAAAAAUGGGGGUGUUACAAGUUGGUAUCAGAGACUUAGGUUUUCCAAAGGGAUUAGAACACGAGGUAAUAGGUUGUAUGGAGAAAUUCUGUCACCAAGACGAUAAGAGUCUAAGGCUGUUGGUUCUUAAUUGAGCCUUUGCGCUCGUCCAACUACCUGGGAAUUUCUCCUUGUGCUGAAACUUCGUCGUUCGAAAUCGUUGAAGGAAACCUUUGAAAUUGUACCUUCAAAAGGGAGAUUUUCAAAUAUUUUUAAAAUUAGGAAAGAUAAUAUAGCUAGGAAAUGGCCUUUUAGGAACGUGGUGAGGACCUUGUGAGUAUUUAUUUUCCUUACAUGUAUCAUGUAUGUGAUAAUUAUGCUAAUUGUGGGCCCAUAUGAGAAAUGGGAACCCCAAAUGCUAAAUGGAAUGCCUCAUAAGGCAAAAUUCCUAAGUGGCUAAGGUAUGUACAAACAUUAUGUGCGAAAGUGAUCUUAUGUGAAGUAUGAAUCCUCUGUAUGAUUGUUAUGUACAUUUUUAUAUAUUCUUGUUACAUAGCCUAUGGAAUCCUUAGUUGAACUAGGAUCCUUAGGAGUAAAAUAUAGAAAUUCUUACACGAAUACUUUGUGUCAUCAAGAUAUCAUGGCACCAAGAAGAGACCCUGAUAACACGCCCACCAAUGCUGAGUUGGCACAAAGCGUUCAGCAACUGGCACAAUUUAUGCACACACUGGGUGCUACUGUGCUCCAGAACAACCAAAACCAGAACAACGGGAAUGAUGCCGCAAAACGAGUGGCAUCUCGCAACCCUCCAAGCUUUCAUGGGCAAGAAGAUCCUCGUAUCCUCGAGAAUUGGCUCCGACUGUUUGACAAACUCUUCGACGCGGUGAGCUGUCCGGAAGAGCAAAGGGUUGACAUUGCUGUUUACUAUUUACAGCAAGAGGCAGAUAACUGGUGGGUCUCAUCAGGCCCAACUUUACGUCAACAACCUGACUUCAAUUGGGAAGCUUUCAAGAUUGCCAUGAGGAAACGUUUUUAUCCUGCACACGUUCAGGCCACCAUGCGUGAUGAAUUCAUACAUUUGAAACAGAUGGGCAUGAGUGUCCAGGAAUAUCACAAUAAAUUCGUGGACCUCGCGCCAUUUGCGAAAACAAUAGUGCCUGAUGAAAGCACCAAAGUUGAGAAAUUUAUCUACGGAUUAAACUAUGAUACGCAGAAAAUCGUCGCUGUUUUGGGUUGCCAAACUCUGACUGAAGCUUAUGAUAGAGCUGCAGUUCACUAUCGAGUUCAGCAACUACAAAGAGAGAGGAACCAGAAGAUGAAGAGGGACGAAGAUGGAGGUCGAGGAGAAAAGAGGGUCAGAGUGCACCCACCUACACAGCAACAAGAAGGGAGGAGGAGGAGAGAUGACCAAGGUGGAAGAAAUUUCCACGGUCAAAACCAACAAAAUGAUCGAAGAGUUGCUCCCAGAGAUAGACACUUCUACUGCAAGAGGUGCGGGAGAGAUCAUCCUGGUGUUAAUUGCGAUGGAAGCCUGACAAAAUGUUUCAAUUGUGGGAAGCUAGGGCACCGAACCUUCGAGUGUCUCUCAAAGACCAAUGGGGCACCAGUGCACCAGGUGCAAUACCGUGAUGGAGGAAGGCCAGAUAUGAACCAAGCUGGGCCAAAUGGAGGACAGAAUAACAACAAUGCCGCCGCCAACAACAACCGCAACCCUCGAGGAGGAGGGGAGAAUAAUCAUGGCAAUGGCAAUGGCGGGAACAAUGGCAACGGCGGAAACAACGGCAACCGUCCGAACCAAGGGCGAAUCAUGGUGAUGAAUCAGGCCCAAGCCAAUGCUAAUGAUGUGGUUUCAGAAGGAGAAUUCAAGUGAAGAUCAAGCUAGAGAUUUUAUUAAGGAGAUUAUCGCAAUUUAAGAUGAUUAUGAUUAUGAAGAUUGAUGUACUUGCUGCCCGAGUGUUCCGCUAGUUGCACACGUUUGAUUAAUUGUUAUUGUUUAAAUUUGUAAUCCAUAAACUUGUUAUAAGUUUUACCCGAUGGCUACUUGAAUUUAUGGUGGAUAGCCUGUGCACUCAAUCAUGUAUAGGUUGAGUGUGGCGGUGACACACCUGUUUUUCCAUUAAAGACUUCCGCUGUACUCUAAAUAUAUUUU